CUUUGUGCGGGGCUGCGCUUCCGCCCGCUCGCGCUGCAGCCUGGACCCGGGAGUGGGAGGGCUGGCGAUGGAGCGGUGGGUGCGCUCCCAGCUUCGGUUGUGGCUGCUGUUGCUACUCCUGCCCCCGGUGCCGGGCUGCCAAAAGGAGUCAGGUUCAAAAUGGAAAGUAUUUAUUGACCAAAUUAACAGGGCUUUGGAGAUUUAUGAACCAUGUUCAAGUCAAAACUGCAGCUGCUACCAUGGUGUCAUAGAAGAGGAUCUGACCCCUUUCCGAGGAGGUAUCUCCAGGAAGAUGAUGGCGGAGGUAGUCAGACGGAAGCUAGGGACCCACUAUCAGAUCAUUAAGAACAGAUUAUACCGAGAAAAUGACUGCAUGUUCCCCUCAAGGUGUAGUGGUGUUGAACACUUUAUUUUGGAAGUUAUUGGGCGCCUCCCUGACAUGGAGAUGGUGAUCAAUGUACGAGAUUAUCCUCAGGUUCCUAAAUGGAUGGAGCCUGCCAUUCCAGUCUUCUCCUUCAGUAAGACAUCAGAGUACCAUGAUAUCAUGUAUCCUGCUUGGACAUUUUGGGAAGGAGGACCCGCUGUUUGGCCAAUAUAUCCUACCGGUCUUGGACGGUGGGACCUCUUCAGAGAAGACCUGGUAAGGUCAGCAGCACAGUGGCCAUGGAAAAAGAAAAAUUCCACAGCAUAUUUCCGAGGAUCAAGGACAAGUCCAGAACGAGAUCCUCUCAUUCUCCUAUCUCGGAAAAAUCCAAAACUUGUUGAUGCAGAAUACACCAAAAACCAGGCCUGGAAAUCUAUGAAAGAUACCUUGGGAAAGCCAGCUGCUAAGGAUGUCCAUCUUGUGGAUCACUGCAAAUACAAGUAUCUGUUUAAUUUUCGGGGUGUAGCUGCAAGUUUCCGGUUAAAACACCUCUUUCUGUGUGGUUCACUUGUUUUCCACGUCGGUGACGAGUGGCUGGAAUUCUUCUAUCCACAGCUGAAGCCGUGGGUUCACUAUAUCCCAGUCAAAACAGAUCUCUCCAAUGUUCAGGAGCUGUUGCAGUUUGUAAAAGCAAAUGAUGAUGUAGCUCAAGAAAUUGCUGAAAGGGGAAGCCAGUUUAUUCUGAACCACUUGCAGAUGGAUGACAUCACCUGUUACUGGGAGAACCUGUUGACUGAAUACUCUAAAUUCCUGUCCUAUAAUGUAACAAGAAGGAAAGGCUAUGAUCAGAUUAUUCCCAAAAUUUUGAAAACUGAACUCUAGUAGUCAUCAUUGAGCCAUAGUCCUGUCUAUGGCAGCAGAUCUCAGACAUCCUGUGGUGAGAAGCUCACUGUAAGUGUGACACCUAUACCUUGGAUACUAUUACCAAGCCAAAUAUCUGGUUUUCCUUAUCAUGCUGCACCAAGAGCAACUUUCGAGAAAGAUCCAAAAUAUGUUUAAUAUAGAUAUGAAGCAGCUCAACGCUUUGGCUGAAUAAGGACCAGAAAUCAUGAGAUGUGGGUUUUGAACCUGAUUCUGCCUUUCAUUUUCUUAGGACCAAUCACAGCUUGUGCCUCAGAUCAUCCACAUGUGUAUGUCCCUCACUUUGGAACUGACUGUGCGCGACUGUGCCCAUGGGAUGAUGCCCUUUGUCUCAUUGUUUGGAGUAGAAAGUCAAUCCUUUGGAACUAGUACAACUCAUCACUGCAGUUCUGCAGUUAUUCUACACUUGAUUUCUGUCGCUAUAUUUCAAUGUAGAAAGCCCUUUAGGGUUUGUGAAAAAUACUUGGGGAUUAUUUCCUAAAAGGUCUAAGGAAGCAAUAGUGUGCCAUGCCAUGAUGUAGGAGCUCUCUUCUGUAAAAGCCUAAACUCUUUGGUACUCAGGAGAUUUCUAUAAAGCCACGUAGAAGGGGGCCAAUUGCAUGAGCAAUUUUUGCAAUUGGAUUUCAAGUUCCCUUUAUGUACCUUCACACCCUUCUUUAUGUUCUCU